GAAUGUCUCUGGUCAGAAUGCGUUGCCUGGCGGCUGGCCAGUCAUCCAAACAGAGCUAAUCUGUAACAGGAUAUAUGGAAAUUAUAGGUGAAAAUUGAAUUCGCUGUCACAGAUACAUCUUCUAGAGAAAAUUUUGCAUUUGACUGGAUUGAAUUUGAUAUUUGCUUUAUUGAAAACAAGUCUACUUUUAUGGUUUUUAGUCCUGAUUUUCCUUCCAUCGUAACACUUAAUCGAAAAGAAGAGAAGAAUCGUGUAGGUCAUCCUCCAAACGUAGUACGGUAGUAGGCACUAGGCAAGGCAUUCUCGACGGCCUUCACAGACCGUCUCAAACUCAAAAAAACGAUGCCCUUCCCCUCCCGCCACCAGCGCCUGGCGUCGCUGACGAAGCUGCUGACCACCCACGUGAACGCCGGCCGCCACCGCGACGCGCUCGGCCUCUUCUCCCGCAUGCUCUCGGCCCCCGACCUCCCGCCGCUCACCGACCCCUCCUUCGCCCACGCCUUCCCGCUCGCGCUCAAGUCCGCCACCGCGCUCCGCGUGCCCGGCGCCGCCGCCUCCUUCCACGCGCUCGCCGCCAAGUGUGGCCUGCUCUCCAGCCCCUUUCUCGCCUCCGCGCUCGUCGCGUCCUACGGAGCGCGCGUCGUCGGCGGUGCCUGCGGUGCCUCCUACGAACUCACUCGCCGCCUGUUCGACGAAUUGCCCGCCCGCAACGCCGUCGUCUGGAGCGCCAUGAUCUCCGUCCACGUCCGGGCGGGAGACCUCGCCGCCGCGGCGUGGGCGCUUGACCACAUGGACGUCCCCCCGACUGCCUCCUGCUUCAACACCGUGAUAGCCGCGGUCGCCGAGUCCAGGGAACACCCAGCCCGAGCCAUCGAGGUGUACCGACACAUGCGAAGAGUGGGCGUCCCGCCGAGUUUCAUCACGCUGCUGGCGCUCGUCCCUGCAUGCACCGUGAUAGGCGCAUUGACUUCGAUCAAGGAGGUGCACGGCUUUGCAGUGCGGCAUGGCAUGUGCGCGAGAUCCCACAUUGGCAGCUCCCUCAUCGAAGCAUAUGGGCGCUGCGGUUCUCUUGCUGCCGCGCAGAGGGUUUUUGACCAGGUUCAUGAUCGGGACGUGGUUGUUUGGAGCUCUCUGGUUUCAGCCUACGCUUUCCAUGGUCGUGCGGAGGUCGCAAUGUCGCUUUUCCAACACAUGGAGGACCAGGAUGAUGUUCGGCCUGACAGCAUCAUGUUCCUUAGCUUGAUGGCGGCCUGUGCCCAUUCUGGUCAUGCAGAUGACGCAUUGCAGUAUUUCGAUGUGUUGACCAGGAGAUAUGGAGUGGAAGCUUGUGGAGACCAUUAUUCGUGCUUGGUGGACGUCUUGGGCCGGGCAGGACGGCUGCACCAAGCUUAUGAACUUCUACGAACAAUGCCAGUAAAGGUUACAGCAAAAGCCUGGGGAGCUCUUCUUGCUGCAUGCAGGAAACAUGGGGAUGUGCGGUUGGCAGAGGUUGCCGGGAGAGCAUUGUUUGAGAUCGAACCAGAGAAUGCAGGGAAUUUUGUUUCGCUCGCAAACAUCUAUUCAGGUCGUGGCAUGCAUGAGGAUGCAGAGCGGGUGAGAAGGGAGAUGGAGCAGCGAGGUGUGCAGAGACUGCCUGGUAGCAGUUGGAUGCUACAUCACAAGCCAAGUUGUUAAUGCAAUGCCCAAUAUAUUUUUUUUCGGGCCCAGUGUGACCUUUUAUGAAAAGUCAGGCAUACAAUUCAGAAGUGUCAUCGUUGGUGCACAGAAAAUUUUGUUCAGAUGCAGCGACCAUUUAUCCAUGGAAAGGUAAACAAGGAAAAAAUCUUUUAUUUUUUUAGCAUUCAGGAAAAAUGAACACCUAACUUGAAUAGGGUAAUAGCUCCAAACAUAUCAGAAAGGUGCUGUAUGCAGCAUUGGCAUGACUGUAAAACUUAGCUGACUGUAAAUGCAGCUGAAACAUUUAUGUGGUAGUAUGGUUAACCUUAGUAUGUGAGUCCUGCAGAAUCAUGAAGUUCUCUUCUGGCAAUGGAGUGAAUCAGGUGUACAUGGAACUAGCCUAUUCGUUUGACUUUAAUCCGUACUGGCUUCUACUGUUUCUA